AUGUACCCGGUCAACACAUCAUCGAAACAACACACAUCAAAUGCCUGGGCACUCACACACUACAGCCGCCGCCGUAUUAAAUGCGACGAAGCUAAACCCGCAUGCAAACGAUGUACAAGAUUUGCCUAUCACUGUGAAGGCUACACACAUGCAAACGGCGGGAACAACACCUCCCUGCGGCCGGAUGUGGACGCGGAUGGAGCGCAACUAUUCAUGGUGCCUUGUAGACCGACGCCGCCACUGAGCAAUACCAACUACAGAAGUUCCAGCACACUGAUAUAUUUUCUAAACUCAACCUCUCUAGGGUACAGCCUGUUUGGCUGGCGAACAUAUAUAUUGAGGCAGCUCCCCCGAUACAGGGGAUACUCGGAAGCAUUCGACACCUCAAUUACAACAUUUACCAGUCUACUAGAGACCCUGCAUCAGCCAUCGCCAUUUCAAAACCCAAGUACGACGUCACUGCAAUCAUACGCCACCAGCAUAAAGGCGUUGCAAAAGGCUCUCGCUGACGCCGGCACAAGAUAUCACUUUACUACUCUGUACGCUGUAUAUGCUCUGAUACAAUGCCACGCAUGGAUAUUUCACAAACCGAGUGUAUCUCAUGGACACAGCGAGGGCUUACAACACCUAAUAAGCGUAUUCUUGCGUCAAAAUCCAAAGGACUCCUUUGUCCUUGGGGUAUGCCACGCCAUAAAAGUGGACUUGGUGUGUUGA